CCACGGUGACGGUAGAUCUGAUUCGACGGUCAUGCAGGCCCACUCACUCACCUCGGAACCUCUAUAAAAUGCCGCCUCGAUCUAAGGAAAAGCUGGUUUCAAAGUGAUUUGAAGAAAUUUUUGUUGUUUCGUCCAUCUUCCAAAGAAAAAUGUCUUGCUGCGGAGGGAAUUGCGGGUGUGGAUCUGGCUGCAAGUGCGGCAGCGGAUGUACAGGAUGCAAGAUAUAUCCUGACAUGGCUGAGGAGACGAACGCCACCACUCAAACCGUGAUCAUGGGUGUCGCACCUCCUAAGGGAAACUUUGAAGGCUCUGACGUGGCUGCUGCAUCAGAGAACGGAGGCUGCAAGUGCGGACCCAACUGCACCUGCAACCCCUGUAACUGUAAUUAAAUGAGGUAAGUUUCGAGGGUGGAGAGAGAGAGUCUUAAUGUCGUUUCAAUGUCUGGCAUUUGAUUCUGGACUCUGGUAGUCCUUGUGUUAGAAAUAAAGAGGCCAUGGCUACCAUCCACCCUCUUUUGUUAGAGUAGUUCACAUGGCCGGGGAAUUGAAGAUCCCUCUCUCUCUUCUCCUUGUUCAAGUUGUUGCACCGUUGGUGUCUCUCUCUAUUGUAUUUGUUCUGUUGCUACUAUGCUUUUUUGCUCUAUAUUUGGUAUCAGAUUGACAGCAAAGCCUCCUUUCAGCAC